UUUGUCUGACGUCGUGUGAUUUGGGAGCCGGUGAAGCUCCACGGUGUGAACGAACACACACACACACACACACACGGUUCGUACCGGUUCUGUCGCUCGCUUUGACACCGGACUCUUAACGACCCCCUCCGCCGGUUCGAAAUGGCCCAGUGCAACCAGACUGCUGUCGCCAGCGCCGCGGCGAACGGAGCGCCGACGCAGGCGGCGAAGGUGGCUCUCAUCACCGGCAUCACCGGACAGGAUGGAUCCUACCUCGCUGAGUUCCUGAUCGACAAAGGCUACAUGGUUCAUGGUAUCCUGCGUCAUUCCAGCUCCUUCAACACUGGUCGCAUUGUGCAUCUGUACAAAAACCCCUGCACACACACUCCGGACAAGAUGAGGCUGCAUUACGGCGACCUGACCGACAGCACGUGUCUGGUGAAGAUCAUCAACGAGGUGAAGCCGACGGAGAUCUACAACCUGGGCGCUCAGAGCCACGUCAAGGUUUCCUUCGACUUGGCCGAGUACACGGCGAACGUGGACGGCGUCGGCACGCUCCGCCUCCUGGACGCCAUCAAGACCUGCGGCCUGGCCAACAGCAUCAAAUUCUACCAGGCCUCCACCAGCGAGCUGUACGGGAAGGUCCAGGAGAUCCCGCAGAAGGAAACCACCCCCUUCUACCCUCGCUCACCUUACGGUGCUGCAAAGCUCUACGCCUACUGGAUCGUGGUGAACUUCCGAGAGGCCUACAACAUGUUCGCCGUCAACGGGAUCCUCUUCAACCACGAGAGCCCGAGGAGAGGUUCAAACUUUGUGACGCGUAAGAUCACUCGGUCUGUGGCGAAGAUCCACCUGGGCCAACUGGAGACCUUCUACCUGGGCAACCUGGACUCCAAGAGGGACUGGGGCCACGCCAGGGACUACGUGGAGGCCAUGUGGCUGAUGCUGCAGCAGGACGUGCCCGAAGACUUCGUCAUCUCAACCGGGGAGGUGCACAGCGUGAGGGAGUUUGUGGAGGAGGCCUUCAAACAUUUGGGGAAGACUAUUGUGUGGGAGGGGAAGGAUGAGAACGAGAUCGGCCGCUGCCUGGAGACGGGGGUGAUACACGUGAGGGUGAACCCCAAAUACUACCGCCCCACCGAAGUGGAAUAUCUCCAAGGCGACAGCAGCAAAGCGUACAAGGAGCUGGGCUGGAAGCCGAAGGUGACCUUCAAGGAGCUGGUGAAGGAGAUGAUGGAGGCCGACAUGGUGCUGAUGAAGACGAACCCGACCAACUGAGGAUGAAGCCGUCGUUCGCUCCGUCCGCCCAUGACAUAUAUUUCUCACUCCAGUGUCCCGCCGCCGCCGCCGCCGCCGACUCCCACAACGGCGGGAACACGUUUCAUGUUGUCUUGUUUUUUUAUCUUUUCUAACUUUUCCAAAUGAAAUCAUUCACCUUAUUUUUUAUUUUUUAUUAUUGUGAAGCGGGUUAUAGAUUGAACCAGUCAUUUGCCUUCUGUCCUUUUAAUUCCCCCCCCCCCCCCCUUAUACGUUGUUAUUGAUUUAUAGUUUUUACUGUAUCUCACAGCGACGAUGCCUUAAUACACAUUUACAUUCCACCACUGAUCAUGUGAUCAUCUAUAUGUGGGGGGAGGGUUAAGGGUUUAUUUAUAUAUGUCUCUUUUGAGUUCUUUUGAUUUUUUGAUGAUCUUCUUUUUAAGAGGUUGAACCAUAAGGAAAUAUUAUAUCUUUAAAUCAUUCUGAUGAAUCUAUGGGGUUUUACUUUGUAUUAUUAUUAAUUUUGAUCUGACGAGUGAAACAUUCGGUGCAAUAAAGAGCUUUACGCAAGUUGUCAUGA